AGAGAAUGCUGUCGUCGCAGCAGAAACAGCAACAGCAAAAGAAGGUGCGCGGGCGUCGCCACCGACUGGCCAUCAGAAUGGAUCCGGAGCUGAAGAGGAAUCUGGUGCCCUUCCAUGUCCGGGCCCUGGGUGUGGCUCAAAGGAGCAUGGGAUCCCCUUUGGUCUAUGAGGCGCAGGUGUUGCGACCCGAUGUGGAGAGCACAAUGACGGAUCUGGAGACGUUCCUCAAUCUGGUCAAGUGCGCCUUUGGCACUGGAUGCCUGGCCAUGCCACGAGCCUUCUACAACGCCGGAUGGCUAAUAGGCCUUCUUGCCACCGUUCUGAUCGGCUUCAUUGUGGUGUAUGCCAUGCAUGUGCUGUUGAAUGACAUCCAGCAUCUGUGCAGACGCCAUCGGAUGGCAGUCCUCAGCUACAGGGAGACCAUGGAACUGGCCCUUCUCGAUGGCCCCACAUGGCUGCACUGCAUGAGCAGGCCCCUGGGUUACUUCGUGGACAUACUGAUGUGUGCGUAUCAUUUCGGCGUGGACUGUGUCUACAUUGUGUUUAUAGCCAAGAACCUAAAAUUCUUGGGGGAUCUGUACCUUUAUCCCAUGGAUCUGCGUCUGUAUAUGGCCCUGCUGAUCCUCCCUCUGAUACUCACGUUCCUCGUGAGGAAUCUGAAGUAUCUGUUGCCGUUUACUGUCAUCUCCAAUAUCCUGACUGUCGCCAGUUUUGGCAUCAUUUUCUGGUAUCUUGUGCAGGAUUUGCCCAGCUUGGAGGGACGGCAGGCCACACAGCACUGGACGCAGUUCCCUCUAUUCUUUGGCACUGUUCUGUUUGCCAUCGAAUCUCUCGGUGUUAUUUUAGCUCUGCAGCGCAGCAUGCGGCAUCCAGAGAACUUUCUGGGCUCCUGCGGGGUCCUCAAUCGGGCCAUGGUCCUCGUGGUCCUCUUCUAUGCAUCGUUUGGGUUCUUUGGCUACUGGCAAUACGGGAGGGACACGGCCAACUCGAUUCUGCACAACCUGCCGCCCCUCGAAAUCCUGCCACAGUGCGUGAUGGGAAUGUUUGCGAUGGCCAUGUUCUUCAGCUACGCCUUGCAGGGCUACGUCACCGUGGACAUCAUCUGGCGGGGAUACAUGCGGCCCAAGCUGGUGGAGAAUGUUGCCUCAGGGCGAUCCGUGGAGUAUCUGGUGCGCCUUGCCCUCGUGAUUGCCUCUGUACUGGUGGCCAUUGGCUAUCCGGACUUUGGGCUGCUCCUCUCCUUUGUGGGAUCCUUCUGCCUGGCACAAUUGGGGCUCAUCUUUCCGGGAAUCGUGAACAUGUGUGUGCUGUACAGCCAGGGCUAUGGCUAUGGCAAGAUCCUGCUCUGGCGGUCCCUCUUCUUCCUCGUGUUGGGCCUUUGCGGGGGGAUCUCUGGUACAGUGAUCUCGGUGAAGGAAUUGAAUGAAGCAUAUCCCAUAGUGACAUGA